GAUGUGUUGCAUGUGUGAAGUGUUGUACUGCUUUAGCCUUGAGUAGCACAUUUCAUUUCAUUAUCCGCUCACAGUUAGUGUGAGGAGCAUCGUCUGUUGGAGUAAAUGGAACAUGAAUCUUCUGAAUGUGAAGGAUCCCUGGUGAAGUCUAGAGAGUGGAAAACGAGGAGGCGUUCAGAGGGAAUGAAGAACCUCGACGAAGCACAUUUUGAAAUCCUUAACAAGAACUUCCAGAGCAGCAGCUUCAAACGCAGAACCAACAGCAUAAUAGAGGAAAAAGGGGCAAGUUUCACAGAUGGACUUUUUUAUCGCAGUAGUUUCAGGAACCCAAACAAAACAUUCCACAAACAUUUCCCAGAAAUCCCUGAGACAGAGGAUUUGAUAAACUCUUUCACCUGUGCCCUCCAAAAGGAAGUGCUCUACCAGGGCAAGAUGUAUGUGUCAUCCCAGAAUGUGUGUUUCUACAGCUCUGUUCUACUGAAAGAGACCAAGGUUCAGCUACAUAUAUCCACAAUCCAGAGUAUAAAGAAGAAGAACACAGCACGGGUUGUACCUAAUGCAAUCUCCAUCAUCACUAACAGUGGAGACGAAUAUCUGUUUGUGUCGCUGCGGAAUCGAGAUGCAUGUUUUGAUAUCCUAAAUUCUAUAUGUCCACAGGAUGCAAAUGUGUCUUCUGCAGAAAACAACCAUGAACUGGAAGCCGACACAACCUCCAGUCAAGAGGACAAUCCAGACUCUCACAGGUCCUCUGUCUCAGAGCAGGACGGGAAGACAGGCAGCAAUGGUCUGCUCUCUUCAUCAGUCUCCAACAUUUCCCUUGUCAAAGCAAAAAACAACUCCACAUCAUUGAACAGCAUCAACAAUGAUGACCACUCUUCAGACGAGAACACAGCCGUGUCCUGGGUGGCCAUGGUAACAGCGAUGAUCAGAUCUCUCCUCUCCGUGGAAGGCAGAACCAACGUUAACAAACUCGUCAUUGUCUUUCUCAUAACAGCUCUGUUCCUGCUCCUGUCAUCUGGCUACAUUGGUCUACGUAUUGCAGCUUUAGAAGAGGAGCUGAACACACUGGGGGAAAUGAUGGAGUCUGGCCUACAGAGAGUGUAUAAGGAAACAUAACACCUUGCCCACAUGGCCAGCCUGAAAGAUCCUGGAGGAGUCAAAACAAAGAAUUCUCCAUCUCUUCACAUGCAGCACAACAUGAGUCUUCACUGGCACAGUGAACUGAUCGAAAAUCAAUCUGAAGACCUACAUUCCCAGCAGGUCUGCUCAGACUCAGGCUCCAGCCGUGUCUCAAGUAAUUCACUACAUUUGUCUGGGUGAUGUAACCAAACAGAGAAUCUUGGCAUGCACCUUCAAAUAUAGCUGAAUUAAAAGUGGAUUGAAAGUGGAUUUUUUUAAAAGUAUUAGAUAUAAAUCUAAUAUCACUACAUGGUGGCAGAGUCAUUAGAUUAUUAUUUCAAUGGAACGCAAGCCAUUAUUCUGAUCAGGGUUUCGAGGGUCAUGUGUUUUUAUUUUAUUUUAAUUUUUUUAAAUUUCCAAAUUGGGCUACAUUUGGAACAAGGUUGAGGGGGGAAAGCAUGUUUGUAGGUGUGUGUGGGGGUGGUUGAAAAACAGAUCUUGUUUUAAAGCGAAUAAUCUGAAUUAAUUCAAAUCAAUUUCAAACACAGGCUAUGACACUCAAAGGGAAAAUGUUAGAGAAGACCUUUCAUUUCUUUUUCAAUGUGGAUAAUAUCCAUACCCGUACCAAGAGAUGAUAAAAAGGUGUAUUGCAGGCACUGCAAGUCAGACAUGUGUGGGCACCACACUGAACGUUGGGUUUCCCCCCACACAAAGGCUGAGAAAAACAAAGAUAACGAAUUUCCAGUUUUCCAGUAACUGAACAUUGGGUUUAUAUCAGGACAUUUUUCUGGUUUUUGAAAUGUAGUUGAACAGGAAAGUUUGCUUAGACCUAGCAACCCUCAUCUUGAGACACAUCCCAAUCUCUCAAUCUAGGAUGCUUAGUUGUCAGAGAUUCAGUGCCUCACAUCGAAUAUACUUAUCCAUCGAAGUCUGAUUUAACCUUUGAAACCAACUGUUCACAGACAUGGACAUUAUCCAAAAUGAUCUUUUGGACAUGACUUGUCCAAAAUUGCUCUUUUUUUUUUAAAUUAAAAAUUUUUAACUUUAAAUUAGAAUAAAAUUACUUUAACACGCCUGGAGCUUAUUAACAGCUUGAUAGUGAGACAACACUGGUCUGUACAGUAAAAAUUAGUACAAUGUUAAUGUAUUAAUGUUAGUAGUACAUUAAUAUUUGACGAGUUUGGUUCCAAAAUGCGAUAUAUCCAAUUCCAUUGUUUUGAGACAAAUCGCUUUUUCUGAUUACGUUAAGUGAUAAAAGGAAAACCACUGUAUCCUGUUUUAAAAUUUAUUGACUAACUCCUUAAUGAUAAUAAACUUCAAAAAUGAAAUCUAGAACUAAUUAACAGCUUUUAACUGAACCAAGUAAUUAUUCUUUUGUCAAGUCGCUACAUGUCCAUGCCAUGGCAUUUUCCCCCAAAAUGCUACAUAUCCCUUUCUAUUUAAAGUGCAUUUAACCAUGUUCUUUCAUGACAGAUUAUUUCAUUUUAUAGAUUAUUUUAUUUUUUUUAGAUUAUUUUAUCGAAAUUAUUCAUAAUUCAGCAUGAAAUUGUCCAAUAAAUGUGAGAAGUGACGAAUGUGAUUUUGAGUUAAAUAAACUUCCUCAGACACUUUCUGGCUUUCAUCAACAGGUCCUCCUUUAUUGGAAAAUAAUAUUUAAGCAUAAUUUUACCCCUCAUAAUAGCCCAGUGUGGAAUAAUAGGUAUAUAUUGGUUAAUAGAAAAUCUAUUUUUAUUGAGGAAUGGUUUUCCAAAGGUGUGUGGGCUAUUACUCACUUUAUGAAUGAUGGACAGAUUUUACAACAUGGUCAUUUCUGUCAGAAAUUUCAGAUUCAAUGUACAAAAAGAAAAUACAACCAAAUCGUAAAGGCUAUUCCUGUACCAAUCCGAACUAUGGUGGAACAGGAUAUGGUGUACUCUGACAUCUCUCCUAGACUGAGACAACUUUGGAUUGAAGGUGUCGAAUUUUGUAAUAAAAAGUGCGAUAACAAAUUUUUAAGACGUUCCUUACAAAAUAAUUGCUUUCCUAAUUCUGUCAAAAGAGAUUACAUAUUAAAAGAUUUUGAAACAGUAGAAAUUAAAAAGAUUAGAACUAAAUAUCUCUCCUUUCUAAUUUCCUUCAAAGCGAAAGAAAUACAGUUCAAAAUUUUGAAUAGAAUUUACCCAACCAAAGAAUUUCUUAAGAAGAAAUUUAAAUUUGAAACUGGUAAAUGUGUGUUUUGUGAAACAGAGGAGGAGGAUUUAGAACAUCUUUUCUUUCUAUGUGAUUUAAUACAAAGAUUUUGGAUUGAUUUUCAGGCUUGGCUACAGUCUAGGGGGAUUCAGUUUGCCCCUUUAUCCAUUAAAGAAAUUAAAUUUGGAGUGUUUUUAAAUAAUAACAAAAUUGAAUAUGGUAUUAAUAAUUUACUACUUUUAGUUAAACACUUUAUUCACAAAUGUCAUUUUUUAAAACUAAACCUUAUGUUACACACUGGAAGAAUGACCUCAAGCUUUUUGCCAACUCUUUAAAGUUAGUUGAAAAUAAGGAUGUUGGUUAUUUUAUAUCCUUUUUGGAUGACUUUGAUUUACUCGAUUAACAUAUGUAUAGAUAGUUAAGUAGCCCCUUUCUUGUUCAUAUUUUUUACUUUAUUGCUAUGUGUGUGUUUUACUACUUUGAUGUUUUUGGAUCCGUAUAUAUAUGGUGCUCUGUUUGUAUUUUGAAUGUUUUGGGAAAUAACAAAACAAACAAAAAAAAACUACAAGCUUCCAUUUGUCGAGUAGUACGCGUCACCGUCUUUCCACCCCUCCCCACUCUCUGAUUGGCUCCCUAACUCAGGCGAGCCUUUAGACCAUGCUGUCUUUUCAGAUCGGAACGAUUGUGCAAAGCAGCAUGGGAUUUCCCAGGCUAGAUAUGUCUGGUUUUGAGAAAAAAAAAUCAGUGAUGGCGCUUGUUGCGUUUUGGAAUGAAAGCCCAUAAUGCAGUGUGUAAAUCAAUGGCAGAUAUCAUGUUUUGGCGAAAACUGAAUAUGCUUUCAGUAAGAUAUGAUAAUUGCUGAUGGUUUGGUGGCGGGAGUUUCAAUUUUUCAAAUUUGGUGUUUAUCGCGUUUUGGAACCAAACUCUUCUUUUAUACUUCCAACUAGGGACACUGUAGACCAUCCACUUAAUAAUAUUUUGUAAUUUUUAAACAGUCAGAAUUAUUUAAAUUUAAUAUUGGUUAUUUUAUAUUCUAGACCUAAAUAUUAAUGAAUUAAGUAUUUGAUAUCUGGUAGCUACAUGGGACAUGAGACAUAGAGAUGUACUACAUAUGGAUAUGAAACUUCCCUCAGCCUAGUUUAGUUGGGUCUGUAACCUAAGUAUCUUGUUGAGAAGCAACUCCUUUAAGGGUGUGAAAAUAUACUACUCCAGUGCUAAUCCAGCAUUAGUUUGAUUUUACAACCCCAAUUCAAAAAAAGUCGGGAUGCUGUGUAAAACAUAAAUAAAAACAGAAUGUGA